CAUUCUUAUACACAUGUAAGUAAGCGCAAACCUCCACUUGUAAGGUGCCUUAGUUAUCCAAACAUCUAAAUCUUUUUUUUUUCUUUUGCGCUGUCCUCUUUCAAAACCUCUCUCCUUUGACUUGUGGUUAUGAUUCCUAGAUUAUUUCUAUCCCAUCUGGGACCACACUUCUUUUUGGGCUUUUCUCGACCCUGUUGUUCUUCGUUCCUCGUAGUACUUACCUAAAAAUUCUACCUUCAUUCUCUUCAACUUGUUCAAGUGAAAUUGGGACUUACCUUACCAAUGUGUCCCUCUUGUCACUUGCUCCGAGAAUUCCCCUCUUAAUACCACACCUCUUCCAACAUUCGACAUCUCCGCGGUAAUAAUGAUCGUAUCACCCAGUUCUCGCCGACUUAGAGUCUUCGGUGGGGUCACCAUCGUCACCUUAAUUGCGACCUACAUACAUGUUCGUUCACAAUGGAAUGAGGUCUCGUUUGGAUAUGCUCGUAAUUAUUACAAGAGCGUCACAAGCUACUUCGGUGGCCCGGUAUAUAACAACACGUUGUAUUUCGAAGGGAACGAGGAAAUGGUCAACCAAUAUUACAAUUCCAGCAGUCCUUGCAAAAACUUCCCCGAUACCGACGGCAUACUCCUAAUAAUGAAGACGGGCGCGACAGAAACCUUCGAUAAAAUGCCUGUCCACCUGCUGACCACCAUGACCUGUCUUCCUGAUUUUCUCAUCUUUUCUGACAUGGAACAACAAGUUGGGCCAUAUCAUAUCCACGAUGCCCUUGCCGAGUUCGACGAAUCUGCGAAGGCUCAUAAUGCCGACUUCGAUCUUUACCGCGACCAGAAGGAAUGCCCCGUAUCGCAAAAGUCAUGUGUCGAUGCGAAGAGGGACGGUCAAAAGGCGUGGAAUUUGGAUAAGUACAAGUUCCUGCCAAUGAUGGAACAGACAUGGAGAAUGCGCCCAGGUCGAGACUGGUACAUAUUCGCAGAGGCUGAUACCUAUAUCUUUUGGGCCAACAUUGUACAUUGGUUGAAGAACCAAUCUGGCCUCAACCCUCGCGAGAAGCUCUAUCUUGGCAGUCGAAGCUUUAUCGGAGGCACCCCAUUCGCCCAUGGAGGUUCUGGAUAUAUACUCAGCGGUACGCUAUUGAGGCACCUGAUUGAAUAUCACCCGGGCGUGGUCAAGCAGUAUAAUGUUAAGGGGGCUCAUGAAUGUUGCGGUGACCUAAUGUUGGCACAAGCCUUGGAAGAGUAUGAGAAGGUUAAAAUCCAACAGGUUUGGCCUAUGAUCAACGGUGAAAAGCCGAGUACACUUCCCUAUGGACCUGGUCAUUGGUGCGAGCCGAUUUUCACUAUGCAUCACAUGAAUGCGGAGGAAAUCAGUAACGUAUGGCAAUUCGAACAGACGCGCAAGACUGAUCGCGUUCUCUUGAUAAGGGACUUAUACGAUGGCUUGAUCCGACCCAAAAUGCAGGUAUCACGAGAAAAUUGGGAUAACUUGUCAGAUGAUGUAUGCUAUCUCAACCCAGAUCCCGACGCUCAACAACGUGCCGAUGGACAUUUGCGCGACAGACAGAAGAAAGGAGAAGAGAUGAACGAUAUUGAAAAGGAGGCAUGGAAAUCAUGGGAGAAUUGUGCGAAGGUCUGCGAGUCUCAGGAUAUUCCAGAUGAAGGACGGGUUAUACGGGGAAUAACAACACGCGAAGAGGAAUUAAGCACCACCAACGACACGGAGGUUGCCGAAGAUAGUUCACCCAGCGAUGCUGCAGCCCGGGAAGCGUGGGAAAGAGCCAUGAAUGAGAAGAAGCGAAAUCGGACUUGCUUCCAAUACCGUUGGCACGAUGAAGUGUGUUGUACCGCGAAGAGCUUUAAAUUGGGUGCGCCUAAGAUGCCGCCCGAUAAUGGCGAUUCUAGGGCAAAAUGGGUCAGUGGUUGGCACUUGAAGGGCAUCAACGACUGGAUUGACGCGAUAGGAGAGUGUAAGAAGCCUGCAUGGAAAACACCAGAGCCUUGAUCAUCGUAUUCGUUUAAGGACGACUCCUGGAAUCAGAAGGGAGUAAACAAUUUCCCACACAUUUGCAAUAUGACGAAAUUAAUAGAAGAUCGGAACCGGAGAGGUUUAAUCAUGGCCUGCAUUUAUAAAAUAAGGACGGUUUCCGGCGGUCAGGUCUGAAUGA